AUGCCGGAGGAGAUCCAAGAAGACUCGGUGGCACCGAUGCACAACCAGAGGAUUAGGGCGCCACUGGCCCCCAACCACGUGCUGGAGGAGGUGCGUUUGCACCACGUGGAGUCCAUCAGCGACCUGCACAGCGGAGGCCUGCUGCGCCCCUAUCUGGCUGAAGAGGUGCGGCCGUGGGAGGAGCUGCUGGGCGUGCUGCCCCCGUCGCUGUGUGCGCAGGCAGGCUGCGGCCCGGGCUGUGGCCGUGGGGGGUUCCUGCUGCUCCUGGCCCUGCUGGUGUUCACCUGCCUGGCGCUGGCCAUUCUGGCUGUGUACUUGAGUGUGCUGCAGAGCGAAUCGCUGCGGGUGCUGGCACACACGCUGCGCACACAGGAGGAGACGCUGCUCAAGCUGCGCCUCGCCAGCCUCAGCCAGCUCCGAAGGCUCAACUCCAGCACCGCCCGGGCGCCCAGCUGAGGGGGCCCCAGGGCCAGCGUGUCUGUGGGUGUCUGGCAGGCCUCGCC